GAUCCGUCUGUCAGGAUGAAGAAGCGUGAAGAUCAGCAACAUCUCGCUCUUCGGAAGUCUUAAACGAGUUUGGACGUCGACAAACACAGGUCGUGUUUGCCAGUACUGCUACUGUUGCUCACUAGAAAGUGACUUUUAAUUCAAGCUGCUCCUUGAUGCCUUGCUUGUAGGCGUCCCAGAGAAGAUGCUGGUCCGAACACUGUGGUCCAGACUGGGAAGUCAGCAACUGGUGCAAAGGAUCCCAGUCUGUCUCUCUGCUUCAGCUCCUUUGUCCUCUCGAGCUCUCCUCUACAGAGCGGAACCCAGGACUUGUGACCCUGUUGCGACCUUCAGCUCUGGACUUUUGACUGGAAACAAAAGUGGACACAAGCGUCUGUAUUCUACCAACAUUGUGAGUCCAGUGCUAAAGUCGACAUUGAAACCUGCAGCUGCAAAAAGAGUCCCCAAAGGUCCAAGGACAAAGCAGCCAUCCAGAAGCAACCAGCCCCCUCUGGAUGAGAGCAAGGACAUGAUGCGGUGCAUCGCCUACUCCACAGCUGACCAGUACCACCUCCCCACCCUCGGCCAUGAUCUGGUCGGAAAUGGCUUCCAGGAGGUCGAUCUGCCCCGAGAUGCCUCCAACGUCCUGGUGAUUUCCACUGAGGCCAUCGCCAAGCAAGACGACGGCGCCCUGAUAUUCUUUUUCAGGGAAGGCUCCGUGGUGUUCUGGAAUGUCGAGGACAAAAUGAUGAAGAAGGUGCUGAGAAUACUGGAGCAUCACGAGAUUCAACCGUACGAAGUGGCUUUAGUUCACUGGGAGAACGAAGAGAUCAACUACAUGUUCGGGGAAGGGAACACAAAACUGGAGUGUGGAAACUUUCUCUUAAGUGACAAAAUGGAGCUCCAGGAAGCUGUUCUGGAGAAGUUUGCUUUCUCUAAUGCGCUGAGUUUGUCUGUCAAACUGGCCAUAUGGGAGGUGUUUUUGGACAACUUCGUUGAGUCAAUCCAGUCGAUACCAGAGACACUGAAGUCUGGCAAAAGAGUCAAGCUGUCGUCGGCAGAAGUCAUGCAGAAGAUCGGAGAGCUUUUCUCCCUCAGACACUGUAUCAACCUGAGGUCGGACCUUCUGAUCACGCCGGACUUCUACUGGGACCGGGAGCAUUUGGAGAAGCUGUAUGAGAAGACCUGUCAGUUCCUCAGCAUCAACCGCCGAGUCAAUGUGAUGAAUGAGAAGCUGGAGCACUGCACUCAGCUGACGGACCUGAUGAGGAGCCACCUGAAUGAGAAGCACAGCUUCAGGCUGGAGUGGAUGAUCGUCAUCCUCAUCACUAUUGAGGUUCUGUUCGAACUGGCCAGAAUGAUCUUCUAAACUGGUCCCGCUGAGAAAAAAACAACAUAAAUCGUGAAGGAAUUCUGUGUUUUUUACUCCUGUCAGCAUCACCAAGACAUUUUUGCACUUGUUUAUGUGCUGUCAAAUACAUGUGAGGUUCUUAUAGAAUCCGUUUUUAUUUACAUGAAGUUGUCUGAAGUAAAAUGUAUGUGAAGCAUUUGUGUUUCCUUCAUUAUGUCAACUUGUAAAUAUAAACAUUUCCUGAGGUUGGAGCAGCACUGCAGACAUGCAGCGACCACGCAUGUGCACAAACCUGUGAUGCUAGCAAAACCAAAUUCACCCCGAAGUAUUUCUGAAAGA